GAAUGACGUCAGCUCCGCAGUGCUCGGGUUGUUCAUGCUGCAUCACCACACUCAGGCUGACAUUGAGCUGAGGAGUUCGUGAAAUGCAUCAUGGCAGCCGUAUCAUGCCUGGAUCCGGACCUGGUGCGAGAGGUGCUGGAGUGCCCCAUCUGCCUGGAAACCUACAAUCAGGACCAGCUCCGUCCCAAACUGCUCCAGUGUGGCCACUCCGUGUGCCGGCAGUGCCUGGAGAAGCUCCUGGCGAGCACCAUUAACGGCGUGCGAUGCCCGUUUUGCAGCAAGGUGUCCCGCAUGAGCAGCAUCUCGCAGCUGGCUGACAAUCUCACAGUGCUGAAGAUCAUCGACUGUGCCAGCACGUGUGGCUCGGCCGCCGGCCUCAUGUGUAAGUCCUGCAAGAACCGCCUGCCACGUCACUACUGCUCCGACUGCUCUGUGGUGCUAUGUGAUGCCUGCAAGGUGGAAGGUCACCAGCAUCAUGGACACACUGUUCAGACCACCCGUGCUGCUGCCGAACAGCGCCGGAAAGACCUCGGUGGACGGCUGACGACUCUUCGAGAUACCAUGGCGAAUAUUCAGAAGAAAAAAGCGGCGAUCGACAGCAUUUCGAAAUCCUUGCGUCUGAAAUACAAAGCGGUGCAGCAGGAGUACGCCAGGUCUGAGCUGCAGCUUCAGGAAGAGCUUGGGCGAUCGCGCCGUGCCUUUGCAGCAUCCCUGGCUGAGGUCGAGAAGCUCAAUUCUCAGAUUCUUGAGGAGCAAACCUACCUACUGAACAUCGCUGAGGUCCAGGUUGUGUCUAGGUGUGACUACUUGACCAUGAGGAUUAAGCAAACAGACACUGCUCUGCUAGAAGAGGCAGAUGGGAACGACGAAGAGGAGCUGGAUGUAAAAAGCAAUCUUCCUGUACUUCUAAAACUGCAAGAACCCGAGCUGGUCAAAACGGAGAGCCCACAGUCAUUAGAUGUGGGGCAGCUGACGACCAAACAGUGCACUGUGAAUACAGAUGAAGAGGAUGGUCAGGAGGCUGCUGCUGCUGCUGCUGCCACUGCUGCUAUCACGGCCACAGCUGCCCCUGUAGAUGUUUAUCGUGACGUCGAUAUGACGAGCACCGUAGAGGAAGCUGUGUGUGCCUCACCAGGUAGCUUCAAAUCCAAAUCCGUAGACGGGGGUGGACCUGCAACUGGGGGAGCAUCCGGAGGUCAGUUUUGUCAGUUUGUAAAGAAGAUGGGGUGCAAAGGGAACCUUCCGGGCAUGUUUAACCUGCCGGUGAGCAUCUGCGUAACUCCUCAUGGUGACGUUCUGGUGGCGGACCGAGGCAACUAUCGAAUUCAGAUCUUUAACCGCAAGGGCUUCCAGCGUGAGAUCCGCCGCAACCCGAGCAGCAUUGACAACUUCGUCUUGAGCUUCCUAGGUGCCGACCUUCCCAAUCUCAUCCCCCUGUCCAUCGCCAUCACCCCUCAGGGACUCAUUGGCGUCACGGAUAACUACGAUAACUCUGUCAAGGUUUACACCACGGAUGGGCACUGCAUUGCGUGCCACAAGAACCAGUUGAUCAAGCCAUGGGGGAUCGCUGCCAUGCCUUCUGGGCAGUUUGUUGUAUCUGACGUAGAAGGAGGCAAGCUCUGGUGCUUGGCGGUGGAUCGAAACGUCGGGGUCGUGAACUACAACAGGUUGUGCUCAGCCGUCAGGCCUAAGUUUGUGACUUGUGACUCUUCGGGGACGGUCUACUUCACGCAAGGGUUAGGACUGAACAUCGAGAACAGGCAUAACGAGCACCACCUGGAAGGAGGGUUCUCCAUCGGGUCGGUCGGGACGGAUGGCCAGCUCGGGAAACAGCUCAGUCACUUCUUCUCCGAAACCGAGGAUUUCCGGUGCAUCACGGGAAUGUGCGUGGACGCCAACGGGGACCUGCUGGUGACGGAUAGUGGCCGCAAGGAGAUUCUGCAGUUCCCCAAAGAAGGAGGUUAUAACAUUCUGAUUCAGGAGGGACUGACGUGUCCUGUCGGCGUGGCCGUCACGCACAAAGGACAGCUUCUGGUUUUAGAUUGCUGGGACCACUGUGUCAAGGUGUACACCUAUUUACAGAGGCGGCGCUCGUCGACUUGUUAAGAUUGCACCGUUUUAUCUGACUAGUCACUUUAACUCGAGGGCUGCGUUAUCUCAGACAUUUCGUCGGGCAGGUUGAAGGAAGUGCAGAUGAAAUACUACUGCCAGCAAAGGACGAGGGACAAAACGGCCUCGCUUUUAUGGCUGUGGCUACGUUUUUUGUUUUUUCUGGAAAUACCGCACAACAGACGGCAAUAAGUUGAACAGUGUUGUCUUUUGAGUGGGAGUGUUUGUGACAUCAUUAACGUAUGAAAAAAGCAUCAAGAGGAAGGACCGCAGGAUUAAAGUCAAGAGCUUAACCAAAUGGAAAUAUUUGAUCUGGAUGCGUAAACAUGUUUACCCACUGAUUAACGAAGAUUCCUGCUCGUGUUUCUUUCCAUCCACCGAGAAGUCUUCAAUGUCAAAGUGCCCUCUUGUAAUAGGGAACACCUACGUAGUUUCAUCCCGUAGCAUAAAAUAUCGGCACACAGUGUAACUCCAUCCGUUAUUCCGUUAACCUCGAUAUAUAUAACGAUGAUGCGCUUAAUGGCAUCGUCAACGUAGAUGUUUUUGUACCUGUGUACAAGUUUGUUGUGGUUACCAAAGGACUCCAAGAUCAGGAUUUCUCAGCAUGUGAUCCCUGCAAUAGUUUGUAAAUUCACUACAGAAAAUAUGACCUGCCGACUUUUAGGAAUUUUGCGUAGGUGCUCACGGAAUUUGGUACGAGUUUGUGCUAAAAAAACAAAAACAAACACUUAAGAGGGUUAAAGAGCAGCAGCAGCAGAGUCAGUCGACGUAUGCAUCUGGAAUUGCAUAGAAUCUACACCGCUUCUGGAAGCCCCGCCCCUUUCCUCAGUUAGUCAUAUUUUUCGCCAACAUUCUCGACUUGCAGCCUCAGUUUUCGUCACAGGAACUUUACAAACGAUUUGAGUUAAUAAAUGUGAAAAAUCUUAAGACACUCGAGGUAGCUAACGUUAGAACAUCAUAGUCAUGGUCUUUACGCUAGAACGUGGCUGUACUGUAAGCAAGAGCUGUGAAGAACACCAACGCCUUCCACCAUUCGUCUUUAAACAAACAUUUACAUGCAGGCUUUCUUUCUUUCUUUCUUUCUUUCUUUCUGUUUUAGAAACAACGUUACAUACAGCAGUUAGUAAAAAAAAAACGCACGUUAACAACCUCUACGCAGUUUUCCUUGUUGCAUUUUGGCAGGUCUGGAAAACGACAGCAGGACAAUAUCAACCAAGCCGUAUACAAUCCUACAGCGAUCAAGUGUCCUUGUUUUGACUUACGACUUAAUUAUGAGCUGGAAUUAUUAUUGUUAUUAUUAUUAUUAUUAUUAUUAGGAAUAUUAGGAGUCUUAACCGAAAUGAUCAAAUUUGACGUAAUUAUAUGCACUUGCUAGUUGAUUUUGUACCGAGACGCCAAUCUUAUAGACGUCUAGAUGCAUCACCCGCAGACUCCAUAGCUGUUUUGAACGUGUGUAGCUUUUUCUUUUUUUUUUUUUAAACGAUUUCAUAGAACAAAAAUAAAGAUAUUAAAGAACGUAGCCAUGAUCUUAAAAAAUAAAAUUAAAUUAAAAAACGACAAUCCAGCGCAAGUUUGAUCGUUUCAUUCCAGAAAAUUCCGCAACUCCUUGAAGUUUGGCAUGUCCCGACAUUUAACAUCGGAAAUAUGUUUCAUUUUGUGGAAAUUGUUAUGAAAUUGUAUUAGUAUUUAUGAUAAAAACAAAAAAGGAAACCUUAGCUAUAAAGCAAGUUGUUUAUUUAAAUUGUUAAACAUAUCAGUUCUAUCCAUGAGGCAUUUUAUUUGUUUGUUUGUACACUUUAAUGAAAAAAUAGAGCACUUUAGAAAGCACUUAACUGGAUAAAUACCUCCGGAAUGCAGCACCGAGGGUAAUUAGAGUGUUUACAUCACGUUGGCAAUACUUUGAACCCGGGACAUGCCGGCUUUAAACCGAGUCGCAUCCAAGAGCUGCAUCUAGUCUAGAAGUAACACAGUGACUCGAAUUGUUCAACAUCGUUAUCGUCCCUCCCAUGAUUUUAAUAAAUAAAAAAAAUAAUAAAAUAAAUGUAUUAAAAAACAGGGUGCUGUAAACACGUCAGUCCUGGACACUACACGGUGACUGUGAAUUCAGUGCAUAGACGUUGUGAAGUAAAUCUCUCCAAUUCUUUCUUUGUGUUUGUUCAUGAUCAAUUGUGUGCAAUAAAUUCGUUAACAAAUUA